CAUCCACCAUUGUUCUUUUUCAGUCCUAGGCUUGCACUUACUCUUUCACUAUUUCUUCAUAAUGCAGAAACAAAGGGCCUUUUCUGUUAGGUCAAUGCAACCAUAGUAACAGCGUUUCUCUUAUAAAGUAGGGGCAGCUAUUAUUGAUCAGUCUUCUAUCGUCUUUUCUGCUCUUAACUUUCUCCGCCGAUCUUCACGAUCGAGUAUCACCUUACAUUCACUUCCAGCGGCUGGUAGGCCUGGUGCUACCCCUACAUCUCUCUUUGUUUUUCAAUGUCGACGUCGCGCUAUUAUGUACUCUCUGAGGACUACGAUCCCACCAAACCCGCCAGGCUGCGCAGUAUCACAAUGCCUCUGUCACUUAGGCCACGGAAACGCCUCCCAACCGCUGUCUGCAGCUUUGGGACAAGCGAACGGCCCCCUUGCACUCCGACAAGGCUCCUCGUUGACCACUGACGGUCACCACGUCAUCCCCGUUUCCUCUGGGAUAGAAAGACCCUGCAUUAUUAUGGAUCCCCCGCGGCCCCUUGUGGGUCAACCGCAGACGAAGGGCCAUUUGAUCUGUCUCAUGGCUACGUUCGCUUCGUCUGGUGGCCAGUAUGAAUCUUUUGGAAAACUUCUCCAGCGAUUCGUCGUUCCUGUCGAACCAAAUGAACAGCUUCUCCCUGACUCGGAUAUGUACGCAUUGAAGGCAGAUCCAGCUUGGCGUCAUCCUCGGCAGUGGGCAAUUGCUUUUGUAAUACACACAAAGCAGCCUCUGCGACCUUUUACAUCUCGUGAUGGCAAAAGCCAUCGGCUUUCGAACACCGAGUAUGACCGACUGGUCGAACACUGCGAGACUCAGCGAGCUUUAUGGAUCAGUGACACACGGAAGGACGAAAACUUGAAACAGGAGAUGUAUGAAGAACUUGUGGACUGGACACCGGACGACGCAUCAAUGUACUCGUGCCAUUCCUCCGUGUCUGCCUUAUCCGUCAACAGCUUCAAAUCCUUCUACGCACAACCCUGUCGUGGAAGCAUUGCAACGUUGGGCACUAUCUUUGAGGACACCACUCCUGCAUAUCCCAACUUGGGACCUAGCGACUUCCCGCCCUUGCCCUCGAAGGUCUGCGAAGUAUAUUAACUCCACCUCUUCGUUAUACAACGUACUAACAGAAAUCAACGACCUGUAUCAACAAGGCGGAUCAAUGUACAUUACUCAUCGUUGUAUCCUUACAUGAACUUGUACCGAAUCAUCAUCUGUAAUACAAGUACUAUCCUAG